AUGUAUAGACUGUCGGCACUCUCUCGUGGUGUCGUCGCCACUCCUUUCAGCAAUUCGAUUGCUCAACGGAUUCCCAUGGCUGCUGUCAAGCGUGUGCCUGCCAUGGCCAGCAGCUCAUUCCACACCAAUCAGGCCAAGUGGGCUAAAACAACACCCGAUACGGGCGAUGCGUUUGUGCAUGGCGGUGCCGCCAACUACAUUGAAGAAAUGUAUGAAGCCUGGUUGAAGGAUCCUUCGUCUGUUCACUUGUCAUGGCAAGUUUACUUCAAGAAUAUGGCCAACGGCGUUGCACCUGGCAAGGCCUAUACACCUCCUCCCACGCUGGUACCUUCUGGUAGUGCGCGUCUUCCAAGUCUACCCGACGCUGUAAUUCCCAACGCCGCCAGUGUACCAUCCACUGAGAUUAUCGAUCACAUGAAGAUUCAAUUGUUGGUGCGUGCUUAUCAAGUGCGUGGUCAUCAUCUUGCAAGCCUCGAUCCCCUUGGUUUCCAACAUGCUGAUAUUCAAAACGCCAACCCUCGCGAAUUGUCUCACACCUAUUAUGGCUUCACUGAACGCGACCUUGAUCGUACCUUCUCGCUCGGCCCUGGUAUCUUGCCUGCUUUCAUGGAUAAGGGCAAGUCGCUUACGCUUCGUGAAAUCAUCGACACCUUGCAAAAGACUUACUGUGGUUCCAUUGGUAUCGAAUACAUUCACAUUCCCGAUCGUGCCCAAUGUGAUUGGAUUCGUGAGCGUAUUGAAAACCCACAACCUUACAAGUACUCUGUUGAGGAGAAGCGUGCCAUCUUUGAUCGCUUGACAUGGUCCGACAGCUUUGAGCGCUUCGUUGCAUCCAAGUAUCCUUCUGAAAAGCGUUUCGGUCUUGAAGGUGGUGAAUCCCUUAUCCCUGGUAUGAAGGCAUUGAUUGAUCGUUCCGUGGAUCUUGGUGUUGAAUCCAUUGUUAUUGGUAUGCCUCAUCGUGGCCGUCUCAAUGUGCUCAGCAACGUGGUCCGUAAGCCCAAUGAAUCCAUCUUUUGCGAAUUCAGUGGUUCUGUUGAACCUUCCGAAGAAGGCUCUGGUGAUGUGAAGUACCAUCUUGGUAUGAACUAUGUUCGUCCUACUCCUUCUGGCAAACGUGUGCAUUUGUCUUUGGUCGCCAACCCCUCCCAUUUGGAAGCUGUCAACCCUGUUGUGCUUGGCAAGACCCGUGCAUUGCAAUUCUACAGCAAGGAUCAUCAACGUAAGCACUCUAUGGCCAUUAUCAUGCAUGGUGAUGCUGCCUUUGCUGGUCAAGGUAUCGUUUACGAGACCAUGGGCUUCCAUGACUUGCCUGCCUACUCCACCGGUGGUUCCAUUCACAUUGUUGUCAACAACCAAAUUGGUUUCACCACCGAUCCUCGCUUUGGUCGUUCCACUCCUUACUGUACCGAUAUUGCCAAGGCUAUCAAUGCACCUGUUUUCCAUGUGAACGGUGAUGAUGUUGAAGCUGUUACCUAUGUCAUGCAACUUGCUGCCGAUUGGCGUCAAACUUUCCACCGUGAUGUGGUCAUUGAUUUGGUGUGCUACCGUAAACACGGCCACAACGAGACCGAUCAACCCAUGUUCACUCAACCCAAGAUGUAUGAAGCUAUUGCCAAGCAAGCCCCUGUUGCCAAAAAGUAUGCCGACCAACUUGUCAAGGAAGGUAGCUUCACCAAUGAAGAAGUUGAUUCCAUCAAGAAGCGUGUGUGGGGUAUUCUUGAGGAGAGCUAUGCCAAGAGCAAGGAUUACAAGCCUACUUCCCGUGAAUGGUUGACCAGCUCAUGGCCAGGUUUCAAGUCUCCCAAGGAAUGCGCCGAGGAAAUCAUCCCACACAACCCCACCGGUGUUCCCAUGGAAACGCUCAAGCAAAUCGGUGCUUCAUUGACUGAACUUCCCCACAACUUCAACAUUCAUCGCAACUUGAACCGUAUCAUCCAAAACCGUGGCAAGGCCUUGGCUGCUGGAAAGGAUAUUGAUUGGUCUACUGCUGAAGCUCUUGCAUGGGGAUCUUUGUUGUUGGAAGGCAAGCAUGUGCGUUGCUCUGGUCAAGAUGUUGAGCGUGGUACUUUCUCUCAACGCCACGCUGUGUUGCACGAUCAAAAGACCGAUCAAUUGUACACUUCUUUGAACCACAUCUCUCCUGAGCAAGGCAAGUUGACCAUUAGCAACUCUUCCCUUUCGGAAUAUGGUGUCCUUGGUUUUGAACUUGGUUACUCGCUUGUGGAUCCUAAUGCUCUUGUCAUGUGGGAAGCUCAAUUUGGUGACUUUGCCAAUGGUGCUCAAACAGUGAUUGAUCAAUUCCUUGCUGCUGGUGAACAAAAAUGGUUGCAACGUUCUGGUCUUGUCAUGUCGUUGCCUCAUGGUUAUGAUGGUCAAGGCCCUGAGCAUUCUUCAGCACGUAUUGAACGUUACUUGCAAUUGUGUGAUGACAACCCCUACGUGUUCCCAUCUCCCGAAAAGUUGGAUCGUUUGCAUCAAGAUUGUAACAUGCAGGUGGUUUAUGCAUCCACCCCCGCUCAAUUGUUCCACGUGUUGCGUCGUCAAAUCAACCGUGAAUUCCGCAAGCCUUUGAUUUUGCCCUUCUCCAAGUCCUUGUUGCGUCAUCCUCUUGCUCGUUCGUCUCUUGAAGAAAUGACUGGCAACACCAGCUUCCAAUUGUACUUGCCUGAACCUCACCCUGAGCACCUUGAAGCACCUGAAAAGAUCACCAAGCACGUCAUGUGCACUGGCCAAGUGUACUACAACUUGCUCAAGGCACGUGAAGCCAACCAAUUGACCAAUGUCGCCAUUUCUCGUGUCGAACAACUUAACCCCUUCCCUUACCAACAAGUCAAGGAACAUGCUGACAAGUAUCCUAACGCCGAGAUCAUCUGGUGCCAGGAAGAACCUAUGAACAUGGGUCCUUGGGCUCACGUCAAUCAACGCAUCGCCACCGCUCUUUCUGAAACUGUUCACCAUGCUGGCAAGCAUCCCAAGUACACUGGUCGUGAACCUUCCGCCUCUGUCGCUACCGGCAACAAGAAAAAGCACGUCCAAGAAGAGCAGGAACUCAUUGCCGCUGCCUUGUUGCACUAA